GAGCUUUAUGGAAGCCAGAGUUCGAGCUGAAGUCCAUAAGGUGACAACGAAGGUCAACAGUCAUUACCAAAUCAAUGGACAGAGGAAGACUACCGAGAAAGGGAAGCUGAGAAUGAAAGAACGUGAGCCAGCAGAAAAGGAGAAGCAGCUAUCAGAGGCAGAGGAAAAUGGGAAAUUGGUUAUGAAAAAAAUACGUACCUACAAGGAAUCGUUUCAAGGCGCGCAAGAGUUGCAGUGGCGGGCAGAGGACUCCUACAGACGCAAAAUCGCCCCUUCUGCAAGAAAGGCUCUUGACAACCAGCUCUUUGCUCAAACCUUGCAGUGGGAGAUGGCCGAGAGGAAGGCUUACAAGCAGCACGGGUGUGAAAUGAGGGAAAAGCAGAGAAUGCCAGAGAGACACAUGAGUGAGGAGUCAGUCCAGGAACGACCGGGCCUAAAGAACCCUUUCUGGAGAGGUAGGAGCUCGCUGUGAAGGCAGCUGCUUAAUUUCUGCUACACAAUCCACACACCCUGCUUCUCCUUUUGGGGGUGAGGGCUCGGGUGGGGUAAUUGUUAUGUUUCCUGGAAACAAUUCCAAGCACUUACAAAGAGAACAGUUGUCCUGCUAGGUGGUAGGACCCUAUUUAUCUCAGGUGCCCUAGCUGAAUGGCUCUUGGCUGGUCCCCUGUGAAUGGUGCAGCUCAGGCCGCUCCACCGACUGUGGACAUUGCCCCACCCUGAUGUCUUGGUUACUUUUAACUGAGGAGAUGAGCCUAGAAGGCAAAUGGGCCAGCUCCCUUUUCCACCUUGACUCAGUGUGAAGGCUUUAUUUUUCUUUCAUUUGAGAAAACAACAAUAGCACUUUAGAAUGGGAGCCACAUGUAGGGAUGAGAGCAUAGAUUUUCUGGCCAUGUCUUCAUGGAUCAAUACUGUAGCAUGA